CCAGUACCCGUCGUGGACUUCGGCAACGCGCAGGAGGCAUUCCGCAGCCGGCGCAGCUGGGAGCUGGCGCGCGGCCUCCUGGUGCUGCGUCUGUGCGCCUCCCCGGCGCUGCUGGCGCGCCAUGAGCAGCUGCUGCACAUCACCAGAAAACUUCUGGGGCAGAGGCUGUUUGACAGGCUGAUGAAGAUGACCUUCUAUGGACAGUUUGUGGCUGGUGAGGACCAGGAGUCUAUCCGACCCCUGAUUCGGCACAACAAGGCCUUUGGUGUAGGCUCCAUCCUGGACUAUGGUGUGGAGGAGGACCUGAGCCCCAUGGAGGCUGAGCAAAAGGAGAUGGAGUCCUGCACCUCAGCCGUGGAGAGGGAUGGCAGUGGUGCGAGUAACCGGGAGAAGCAGUACCAGGCCCACAGGGCCUUUGGGGAUCGCAGGGCUGGUGUCAUCAGUGCCCGCACCUACUUCUACGCCAACGAGGCCAAGUGUGACAGCCACAUGGAGACGUUUUUGCACUGUAUCGAAGCUUCAGGCAGAGCCAGCGACGACGGCUUCUCCGCCAUUAAGCUCACUGCACUGGGGAGACCCCAGUUUCUGCUGCAGUUCUCCGAAGUGCUGACCAAGUGGAGACGCUUCUUUCACCAAAUGGCUGCAGAGCAAGGGCAGGCGGGGCUGGCAGCCACAGACACGAAGCUGGAGCUGGCAGUGCUACAGGAAAGUGUCGCACAGAUGGGCAUUGCAUCCAGGGCAGAGAUUGAGGGCUGGUUCACGGCGGAGACCCUGGGGGUGUCCGGCACCGUGGACCUGCUGGAUUGGAGCAGCCUCAUUGACAGCAGGACCAAGCUCUCCAAGCAUCUGGUGGUGCCCAAUGCACAGACAGGACAGCUGGAGCCUCUGCUGUCCCAGUUCACUGAAGAGGAGGAGCAGCAGAUGACCAGGAUGCUGCAGCGGAUGGAUGUCCUGGCCAAGAAAGCCACAGAAGUGGGUGUGCGACUGAUGGUGGAUGCUGAGCAGACCUACUUCCAGCCAGCCAUCAGCCGCCUGACUUUGGAGAUGCAGCGCAGGUUCAACAUAGAGAAGCCACUCAUCUUCAACACCUACCAGUGCUACCUCAAGGACGCCUAUGACAAUGUGACCCUGGAUGUGGAACUGGCUCGCCGCGAGGGCUGGUGUUUUGGGGCCAAGCUGGUGCGGGGUGCCUACAUGGCCCAGGAGCGUGCCCGUGCAGUGGAGAUAGGCUACGAGGACCCCCUCAACCCCACAUAUGAGGCCACCAAUUCCAUGUACCACAGGUGCCUCAAUUACGUGCUGGAGGAGCUGAAGCUCAACACCAAGGCUGAGGUGAUGGUGGCCUCCCACAACGAGGACACGGUGCGCUUCACACUGCGCAGGAUGGAGGAGCUCGGCCUACAUCCUGCUGACCGCCAAGUGUACUUUGGACAGCUGCUGGGCAUGUGUGACCAGAUCAGCUUCCCACUAGGCCAGGCCGGCUUCCCAGUAUACAAGUAUGUGCCCUAUGGCCCUGUGAUGGAGGUGCUGCCCUACCUGUCCCGCCGUGCACUGGAGAACAGCAGCAUUGUGAAGGGUGCCCAGCGGGAGCGGCAGCUACUGCGGCAGGAGCUCUGGCGGCGGCUGUGUACCGGCAGCCUCUUCCACCACCCAGCCUAGCCCCACCUCCACCACCCUCCUAGGACUCUCAGGCUAGGGCAGGGACUUGGGAGCAGGGUCUGGCUUCCAGGCUGUCACCACAGGUGUAGCCAACCCCAACUUCACAGGAUUCACUUUCUGUACCCAGCACGGGAGCUGCUGCUGGACCAGCUGCCCUCAGCCCCGUCUAACGUGUGGUCACUGGGGUGUGGGCUGGGCCUGAUGCCUCAGAGCUGCUGGGGACUGUCGGAACUCCCUGGCAUGUGUGGGCCCAACCCUGCCUCUUUCAGCCCCGUGUCCUUGGUCCAGGAGGACAGUCUUCUGCCAGGAGCUGAGCCUGACCUACUCAGGCUCCUUGGGUGGCCAAUAGCUAGUCUGGGAGGCCUGCCUGGUGAAUAAACCACUGUUCUGGCAGCCACGG